AUUAAAAUGUCAAUAUCAAAAUUUGGUUAUGCAAUAAAAAAUUAUGGUUUGAAAAAAUGUUUGAAAAAAUUCAAAACGGUAACUCAUUGUAUUUUCGAUUUGGACGGAACAAUAUUAGAUAAUCAACAUAAAGUGGACGAAGCUUACGCGAAAGUUUUCCGAAAACAUGGCAAAACAUAUUCAUUAGAUUGGCGAUUAAAAGUAAUGGGAAGAACUGGAAAAUCUACAUGGCAAACGGUAGCUAAAGAAUUAAAAUUAAAAAUUGGGUGGAAAUCGUUGUAUCAACAAUAUCGAGAAAGCGCAAAAGAUACUUUAACAUUAGCACCACUUAGACCGGGCGUUGAAAAAUUAAUUAACCACCUUUAUAAACAUAAAAUUCCAAUGGCUAUCGCUACUUCAUCAAAAAAAACAUCUUUUACAGCUAAAACGAAACAUAUUAAGCAUUUAAUUUCCAAGUUUCAUCAUGUACUUAGUGGUGGUGAUGAUUAUCGGGUGACCGAAUCAAAACCUUCCGGUCAAAUCUUUUCGGUUUGUGCUUCAUUUUUUGAGGCAAACCCCCAUCCACGAUUUUGUUUAGUUUUUGAAGACUCCCCAGUUGGUGUUUUAGCUGCUAAAAAUGCUUGUAUGCAAGUUGUUGGUGUCCCGUGCAAACCAACACCAUGGACAGCACUUCAACAAGCUACUGAAGUUGUUGAUAGUUUGGAAGAUUUUUUUCCGGAAAGAUAUGGAUUACCACCUUAUUCAAAAUAAAAU